ACCCCCCAUCAGUAAGCUAGACGUCCCGGAGUAGGGCAAGCGGCGGCGCCUUGGACCGAUAUUUGUCGUCUGUGUUAACUUUCGUGUCUUCGUAAUUAACCGUGCUUGAUCUGUGUUAGGAAGAUUUUAACGAUUUACACAUUAUAACAAUGGAAACGCCCAACUCACAGACCACGACACAAAAUGUGGUAACGGUGCCGAUUCCGAUCCUACCGGCCGAGGGUACCUAUGCGUACGUUUUUGUCAAGGGUUCCCUGUACGCACGGGAUAGUGCCAUAUUCGGUUGCUCGGCUGACGAGGUUCAAGCGCUCUCGAAGCGCUUCCAGAUCAGCUCGGUUCCGAUCGAUAAUGGGGUGCUGAUCAAGGUCGCUCCCUCGCUGAUCAUCAACUCACUGGCUCAGCUGGGCUACAAAGUGGUUUCCAGCACUGGUGAGGCGGAGAUCGUGUGGACUCUGCAACGUGAAUUGUAA